AUGAUCAUUCCUAUUCGUUGUUUUUCUUGUGGUAAAGUUGUCGGAGACAAGUGGGAGACCUACUUGGACUUGUUACAAGAUGAAAACAUCACUGAAGGUGAUGCGUUGGAUCAGUUAAAAUUGAAGAGAUACUGUUGCAGAAGAAUGGUGUUGACCCAUGUUGAUUUGAUCGAGAAGUUUUUGCGGUACAAUCCAUUGGAAAAGAAGGACAUCAACUAG